AUGAAAGAUGACAUCUCAUACAUCAUCGACCACCUUGACUCUUCUAGUGAGAAAGACAUACUACAAGGACUAGACCUAUUGGACCAGUUUUUGUUUAACCUAGUUCCCGAAAUUCAACUCCAUGUCGACAAUUUCACCCAUUCAGACCAGCUUCGAGCGUUCAUCAAAUUGCAAGACAAUGCAGCUUUGAACGUGGUCUCUUAUCUAGCCAAGAUCUACAACCGUGAGCUCGCUAAUGACCAGUUGGUCAAGUUGAAUAGAACGGUACAGGGCUGUCUCCUAAUCCAUCCCGCGUCACGAGCUAUUUUCAACCGUGCGAAAAACAUGACGCGUCUCUUGAAUGUGCUCCAUGAAAGCAACGAUAUCGCGGUGUCCAUCACGCUCGUCUCAACUUUGAUCCAUAUAGUGUUGGACGAGUAUGAGAACUUUAGGACGUUUGAACGAUGCGGAGGCUGUGGCGUCUUGAUACGGCAUUUGAAACUCAAUUCAAUCGACGAGUUUCCUCAACUGAAACCACCCAAUCACUCAAGUCCCAUAUCGUCGUCGUCACCGUCAUCAUCAACUACUGCAAUUUCAAACCAACAGAAUUUAAAUUUCAAGAUUAUCGAGUUCUUGAUGCUUUACAUGACCGAGGAACCAGACAAUACCCAUGGACUAACCGUGAAGGAAAAGAGUAAACUUUUCGAAAAGGAUUGUCCCGAGAUAGACUUGCUUGUGGAGAGCUUGAUAGAAUUGAAUAAAUUAUAA